AUUACGCCCGAUGUUGUUGAACGGGCCUAAAUUCUUACAUUUGUUCGCAUCCACGAGGGACGUAACUUGUGAAAUUUUGUAUCUUUCUUGGCUCCAAAGGGCUGAGGCUUUGCCAUAUAAAUGUCUAGUUUCCGCUUCGAUCUGACCGACCAUUCCACAUUGCGUAGUACAAGUGAGAGGAAUUCAGAAAAGUAGUUGCAUAAUUGCUAGAAGUUGAAGUUUCAAGAACUUCAAGGCGCUGUUAAAAUCCAAGUUCAUUUAGGGGCCGUUUACCCAAUGGCUUACCCGAAGAAUUACUUGAUGCAUUCACCUAUAUGUACAAGGACAAGAAGUAGAAAGAGAGUGGCUGACGGGCUUGACAACUCUCAUCAAGAUUCUUAUCGUCCAUGCAUCAUCACUCGUCAAAGAAGAGCGAGUCGCAACAAGGCAAUAAACCAUGAUAGGAAAUUGGAUUCAGGGGAAGUCUACAGUUACUUGGAGAAGUUAUGGCUUAGCUUUCCGGAAGAUAAAAAGAGUUCAUUCGCGCAUCUUGAUCCAUUAUGGUAUACUCUGUACUCGGAGAACUCCAACAAAGAAAAGGUGUUAAAUUGGAUCAAGAAGAAGGAUGUAUUUUCUAGAAAAUAUGUGGUUUUUCCCAUUGUUCAGUGGGGUCAUUGGAGUCUCUUGAUAUUCUGUCACUUUGGUGAAAGUUUAGGAUCAAAACUCAAAACUCCAUGCAUCUUGUUGCUGGAUUCACUGGAAAUGGCUGAUCACUCCAAGCAAGUGGAACCUGUAAUAAGAAAAUUUGUUCUCGACAUCUACAGGAAUCUCGAGAGGAAAGAGGAGACAAGUCAGUUGCGUAAAAUUCCCUUUUUGGUUCCCAAGGUUCCGCAGCAGAGAGACAACCGUGGAUGUGGAAUUUUUGUUCUUUACUAUAUAAAACUAUUUGUUGAGAAUGCUCCCGAGAGUUUCAGCAUAUCCGAUGGAUACCCAUAUUUCAUGAAGAAAGACUGGUUUAGUUAUGAAGGACUGGAUGAGUUUUGCAGAACUCUUGAUUCGUUCAAAUAGCGAUUAGCCGGUGGGGUCGAGUAAUCGUUUUUGAUAUAUCCUAUGAAAUGAUAAUCUUGUAGGAAAAAGUCUCAUUUUAGAGACCUCCUUUGAUUGAUACCUUAGAUGCUGUUUACUUUGAACUGAAGUGAAUCAGUGAAUGGUUUUG